GCUAGUGCGCAAAGUCCGCACCGCCUCCGCCCCCUUCCUUCACGCGCACAUCAAAAAGGUUUCAUCAGAAAGAAAAAAAAAAUUGUUAGGCCGUGAUCGAGGCUCCGCUCGAUAGAGCACUGAAGCAGGGCGGCAAGGAGGAGAGGCCAUGGCGGCCAUGAAGCUCCCCGAGCUGGCGCUGAGGGUGUGCGUGAUCCCGCUCGCCGUGGCCUCGCUAUGGGAGAUGGCCACCAACAGGCAGGUCGACGACACCUACGGGGAGGUCAGGUUCUCCAAUCUCUCCGGCUUCACCUAUUUGGUUGGCAUCAACGCCGUUACAGCUGCCUACGCGGUAGCAUCCAUCUUGCUGUCGUCGUUCAAGUCCUUCGCUCGGUAUGACUGGCUGAUUCUCGUCCUGGAUCAGGCGUCGGCGUACCUGCUGGUGACGUCGGCCUCGGCGGCGGCGGAGGUACUGCAGCUGGCACGCCGCGGCGACCGGGACGUGUCGUGGGGCGAGGUCUGCUCCUACUUCAGCCGGUUCUGCGGCAAGGCCACCGUGUCCGUGGCGCUGCACGCCGCCGCGCUCGCCUGCUUCGUCGCGCUCUCCCUAGUGUCCGCCUUCAGAGUGUUCAGCAAGUGCCAUCCCCCCGGCGGCGUCUCCUCUCACGCCAACUACUCUGAUGAGCCCAAGCACGCGCAGGAGGAGCAAGGCAAGUAGACUAGACUACUGGUGCUGCCGGCAGGCUAGCUGAUUGGCCUUUGAUCUCAAGUUAAAUUAGCUGCUGUUUUUGUGCGUUGAUGCUGUCAUGUGCUGUUCUAGCUACUAAAGCAAUCGAUAGUGAGUGUGAGCCGCCAAUAAUAGGCCAUGCCUCUGCUGCUGUAACCUGUAGGAACCUGAAAUAAUGCACGGAAUGAAGGCUCGUCUCGGUCGCUGGCACAUGGACCAGGGCAACCAAGAUGUGACUGGCCUAAUGCGGACAACAUGGUCAAAUUAUGGAUUAAUUAGGUUUAAUAGAUUCGUAUCGCGAA